CUACAUGGCGGCGUAUUUUUUUUCCUAUCUACAUUAAUAUUUUUACAUUGUUAUAUUGGUAAUCUGUAGAAGCUUUGUUAUAUGUGAUAAUUGAAAAUGAAGACUGUGAUAUUGUUACUGCUUUUAAGAACUAUUUGUCAGGGUAAAGUGGUUUUAAAUACAAAUGACGAUAUCUCAAAUAAUUUAAUAGAUAUCAAUAUUACAAAUCAUUCGAAACAACCUGCUGACAACAGCAUUCACGAAGACAAAGAAACAACAAAUGAUAUAAUUCCCAAAGAAACGAAUAAACCUGAAAUUCAUAUAGAAUUACCAGUGCACAAUAUUUCGUUACCUAAAAACGUUCAUAAUGAUUCUGAUAUUAUUUAUAUAAAUAUAACUGAAUCAAUACGUAAUGAAAAUAGUAGUGACAAGAAUCACACAACAGGAAGUGUAUUAAAGAAAUGUGGUCAUGCAAAUGUAAGCGAUAAUGAAAUAGGCGAGAAUGAAGUCGUAGAAGAAGAAGUACCAUGCGAGGUCACCGAAAAAGUUGACAAUGGAACUGCGUUAAUACUAACACCUUAUAUUGAAAACGGUCAAUUAAAAGAAGCCAGGAAAGCAAGCAAGGUCGAUCCAGAAAUAUUUCUAGGGUAUGAGAGUUACUCAGGUUUUCUUACGGUGAAUAAAACCUAUAACUCUAAUACUUUCUUUUGGUAUUUUCCCGUGCUAAACAAGAAAGUGAAUGAAACUCCAUGGAUAAUUUGGCUCCAAGGUGGUCCUGGAGUUUCCAGUUUAAUUGGAUUAUUUGAUGAGAUAGGACCAUUUAAAUUUAAUGCUUUCGGAAACCUAAAAGAGAAUCCAUACACGUGGUUACAAAACCAUUCUCUUCUCUUCAUCGACAAUCCUGUUGGAGCAGGAUACAGCUUUACUGAACAUGCCGAUGGAUUUGUAAAGGACAUGGCUACGUACGGUUCUCACUUAUACGAAGCGCUAUCGCAGUUCCUUCAAAUAUUUCCUGAACUCAGAACCGCUCCGCUGUUCGUCGCAGGGGAGUCUUACGGUGGGAAAUAUGUGCCAGCACUGGGAAUGGAGAUUCAUAAGCACAAAGACUUGCCGGGAUCAGAUAUUAACUUGGAGGGUUUAAUGAUAGGCAACGGAUUCAUAGACCCGAGCGAGAUAGCAAACGUGACGUACCCGUUUCUGUACUUCGGUCUGAUGAACAGGGAACAAAUCCAAAUAGUGAAUCCUUUGCUGUCCGCUUUCCAGCGAGACAUCGCCAAUGGCAACAGUGUUGGGGCGAAAAGUAAAUGGACCAGUAUAAUCGGUAUUUUAUUGUUCCUGACGCAUCAAAAGCAAGCCUACAACUUCUUGAAGGACGAAAUAACUUACGGUCGUUUCUCCACUCAUCUGAGACGCACAGAGAUAAAGAAGGCUUUGCACGUCGGUGAUAUCAAGUAUUCGUUCAUAAAUAUAACAGUUAAUUCACUUAUGGCCCCGGAUUUCCUGAGCACUGCCAAACCACUAGUGGAAGAACUCCUCGAUCAUUAUAGAGUGCUGGUUUAUUGUGGUCAUUUAGAUCAGAUGUUGCCGUGCGUGUCCACGUCGGACCACUACCGCACGUGGAAAUGGGAGGGAACGCAGGAAUUUCUCGAGUCCGCCAGAUACCCCUACAUCUUUAACUCGAAACUAGCUGGGUACCACAAAACCGGCGGUCGUCUUACAGAGGUCGUGAUCCGUGGUGCUGGUCACAUGGUGCCGAUGGAUGACCCCGCCCCCAUACAGAACCUGGUGGCGCGUUGGACACACAACAAACCGCUCAGCCGAAGGUUCGGCCUUCUAGAAGGUUCCUAUGUACAGGAGUAUGUCCGGAACCAUUCCACUGCGGUUCCGCAACACAUCUUCGACAACACCAAUAUUCAGAUGUAAUGGAGAGAUAUUGUCUUCUGAAUUCGCAAUUUUGUAGUAGUGGAUUUUAAGUUAGUGAAUACGAAAAAUCUAUACCUAAAAUAAAACAGGUCCAAUUCUGUACAUUGAAGAUAUUUUGAAUUUUUUUGCAUUGUUUAUUAUAUAUUAUAUAGCCAAAAAAAAUGUUUAAUAUGUUUUGUUUGUCUGUCUGUCCUUCCGAGUAUCACGUUGAACUACUGAAUGAAUUCCAAUGAAAGUUGGUUUUUAUUGAGACCAUAAUACUAAUAAUAAUAUCAACAAAUAUAAUUAGAUACUAAGAUUAGUGCUUAAGAAAAAAAAUAUUAUUA